AAUAAACAGCUGAUUGCAGCAUUUUUGUUGAAUUCACAUAGUACAUGGUUAUUUUAUUUGUUGUCCUUUUUAAAUUUAAUAAAAUCAUUUCAGAAGAAAAGUCUAGGGUAUUAAAAAUGUUGCGAAAAAAGAACUCUAAAGCAAAAACUGUGUCAGAUAAAAUAACCGAAUUAUUGACGCGGAACGCCAAUAGUGAGAAUGAGAGCAGCGAUGAUCAAACCGAAGAUCCACGUGUGGAGGAAGAAUUCGAUGAAUACGAUUUGCCCGAUGCACGCACAUCAGAUAUAAGAAAACGUAAUGUUAAGUUGUUGUCGGAACAAAGUGCGCGUUAUAGGGGUAAAAUUUCUUCACGGCUUGAGCUGGAGGCAGAAGAAGAUACAAAUAAUUCUGAAGAUAAUGAUGUUGACGAUGAACAAGAAGAGGAAGAUUACUCUUCCGAGGAUGAUGACAGUGCGUUGAAAGCAUUUGCCAAAAAAAUGAAUGGUUCUAAUAGAAAAGUGGAAAGUGCAGCUUCCCAUGUGGAUGAGGAUGAGGAUGAUAGUGAGGACGGCUUAGACAAGAUUACAAAUUUCGAGGAUAACGAUAGUGAAUUAGAAGAAGGAAAUUCUGAGGAGGAAGACGAAGAAGAUGACGAUGAGGACGGCAUUGAGAGUGAAGAUGACGAUGAUGUUAGUGAGGAAGACAAUGCAGAUGGCACAGAGAUAAUCGCUGAAAAAAACCGACAAGUUGAAAUACAAAAAGGACAAUGUGUACAAAACCAACUCCAAAUUUGGGAACGUUUAUUAGAAGCUCGAAUAAGCACACAAAAAAUUAUUAGUAAAUCGAAUCAAUUGCCUGCUCCCGAAACACUCAAAGCACAGCAACAAGAAAAUGAAAAGCUUGAAAAAGUUUCAGGUGAAAGCGUGAAAAACGUUAGUAAAUUACUUAGCUCCUUGUUACAACUACAAAGCGCCUUAUCACAACAAUUUUCCGAACAACGUAACGCACUGAAGAAGUCUCUAAAACGUGCUGUACCCAAACUUGAUACGGAAAAUGAUAGCCCAGUACCAAUCAAUCGUUUCGCUGAACACAUAGAUGCACAUUUCCAAGAAUUUAAACCCUACCGCAAUGUCGUGCUACUCAAAUGGGAUGAUCGCACUAAACUGCUUACACCAGGCGCUGGCGCCAAAAAGAAAUCCCUCACCGAAGAUUAUGAUAUUAUACGCAAAAUUGAGAACACACUUCAAAAUCGUACAACACUCAUAGAAAAAUCGCAAACCAUAAAAGAUGGCGACGAUGACAACGUAGAGAAUGUGCUAGAUGACAAUGGUGAAGUGGUGCAUAAAUUAAAACGCAACGUAGAGUUAUACGACGAUAGCGAUUUUUAUCAUCAGCAAUUGCGUGAACUUAUCGAAUAUAAAACCAAUACAUCGGUGAGCGCUAGCGAAGUGACGCAACAGUAUAUGGAGUUGCAGAAAUUGCGUCAAAAAAUGAAGAAAAAGGUGGAUACACGAGCCAGUAAAGGGCGCAAAUUGCGUUACACCGUGCACAACAAGUUGAUAAAUUUCAUGGCACCUGAUGACACUUCAACAUGGACGGAAGAAUCGAAAGAUGAAUUGUAUAGAUCGUUAUUUGCAGCUUAAGUUAAUAAAUAAAAGUGAAGAGUUCUUAUUGAAAUAAAACAUACUGUACUGUGCCUGUAAAUAAUUACUAAAGACUAAUUUUCUUUGCCAAAAAACUUCUUCUCUUAUCAAAUUGACACGCAAAAUAAUACAUACAGUCGCUAUGAAUAUAUUUUUCAGUUUUCUAUUAUUUAUUUAUUAAACAUACUCGUUGUGUCAUGUGUGCGCACAACUUCAAAAUUUUCUGCAUCACUGAUACAGGUAUUAUUAAUUAUCCUUUUUAUUUAAGUGCCUUAAUAAAUUUUCUUAAUGCCAA